AUGCUCCCCCGUCUUGCUCUUGCCAGAGCUCCCGUGUCUCUUCUCUCGAGGAGCGCCGUCCUUUCUAGGAGUCUCAUCCGCGCUCCUAUCCUCUCUAGGUCUGUACCCCAGGUUCAGAGCCUUUCUAGCAUUCUUAGCGCUCGAGGUUACUCUGUCGCCGCUCAAGGAAAGCCCGAAGAUGACUUUUUCGCCUCUGAGGGCGAUGCCCCCGCCCCCACUUCUCUCCGACAAGACUCCAAACCCAUAGAAGCCGAAGAAGUAGACAACACCGCUUCUUUCGAUUCCCUCAAAGGCCGCAUGAACCACGACACUCUCAAAUCUCUUACCUUCAAGCCCUUCAAGUUUGUCACCAUGAGCGAGGUGCAAAAGCGUGUCUUGGGACUGUUGCCCGAGCUGGCGGGCGGCAAGCUGAGGGGACCGGCAAAGGAGGCUGCGGAGGAACAGGGAGAGCCGUUGAUUGAUGAGACGAGAUUGAGGGAGGAUUUGUUGGUCAAGGCCAAGACUGGUACUGGAAAGACUGUUGCUUUCCUUGUCCCUGCUAUCGACUCUCGUAUCAACAAGCUCGAAGAGCUGUCCAAGGCUGCUCAGGCGGACGGUACGAUCCCCGACAAGCACGCUCAAGGCCGGAUCUACCGCGAAGUCUCUCGCUCCCAUGCCGGUGCCCUCAUCAUCUCGCCCACCCGAGAACUCGCUACCCAGAUCGCCGCCGAAGCCCAAAAGCUCAUGACAUGGCACAAGGAGAUGGAGGUCCACACUUUUGUUGGCGGCGAGUCUAGGGUCAAGCAAUUGCGUCAGUUCUCGAGAAACAGAAAGGAUAUCGUCGUUGCCACUCCUGGCCGACUGAGGGAUCUGCUCAGCGAGAGUAACGUCAAGGAGGCCUUGUCAAAGGUCGACACUCUUGUUCUUGAUGAAGCCGAUACCCUUCUCGACAUGGGUUUCUCGGCCGACCUCGAGUACAUUAUCGACCACCUCCCCAAAGAGCGUCAGACUCUCUUCUUCUCCGCCACAGUCUCCAAGGAGAUCAAGAACAUUGCUCGUAAAUCUUUGCGACCGGGCCACAAAGUCAUCGACUGUGUCCCCGCCAACGAGAGCAACACCCACCUCCACAUCCCCCAAUACUGCACCGUCCUUCCCUCUGCUGCCGACCAGCUUCCCCAUGUCCUCCGCCUCAUCUCCCACGACCAGCUAAUCCACCCCAAAGACAGCAAGGUCGUCAUCUUCUUGAACACCACCAAGCAGACCAUGCUCACUUCGACACUUGUGCGCCAGCUCAAGGGAUCGCUCCCCCAGAACACUUGGACUUAUGAGAUCCACUCCAAACUCAGCCAGAACCAGCGUACCCGCGCUUCCGACAGGUUCAGGGCGGAGAAGGGUCCCAGUGUCCUCAUCACCUCUGACGUCUCUGCCCGAGGUGUCGACUACCCCGGUGUCACUCGUGUCAUCCAAGUCGGUAUCCCUUCCAAUGCUGAGCAGUACAUCCACCGUGUCGGACGUACUGGCCGAGCCGGCAAGCAAGGCCGAGGUGACAUUGUCCUCCUCCCCUUUGAAGCCGGUUUCCUCAACCAGCUGAACGAAGUCCCCAUCAAAGCUAUCGAAAGCCGCGACCUCGCUGCUGAAGUCCACGAACUUGCCACUUCCCAGAAAGCCAACGCCGCCAAGCUCGCCGCCAUCCCCGAACGCGUCUCCGAGCUCCUCCCCACCCUCGAUGCCGAUGCCGUCGAAGAAGUCUUCAUGUCCAUGCUCGGCUACUAUGUCGGCAAGGGCUCUCAGAUCGGCAUGCCCAGCCAAGGUAUCUUGGAGGGCUUGAAGGAGUGGACGACGGAAGGUGCGGGGUUGGUCGAGCCGCCUUAUGUGUCGGAGAUGUUUUUGAAAAAGUUGGGGAUGGGCCCGAGGAAGGAGAAGAGGAGUUUCGGGGGCGCUGGUAGAGGGGGCGCUGGUGGUGGAAGGGGUGGCCGAUCGUUUGGUGACCGAGGAUUCAAGGACCGAGGAGAGGGCGGUGGUGGCGGGUUCGGUAGCCGGGGCGGAAGCGGCGGUUUUGGUGGACGAGGAGGUGACAGAGGGGAUCGAGGCGGUAGCCGUGGAGGAUUUGGUGGAGGAUUUGGCGGACGAGGCGGCGACCGUGGCGACAGACGGUCAAGGGACUUCUAA